AUACGCAUGCCUCUUCCUGUCCCAGAACAGCCAUGGCAAGUGGUCAGUCUAGACUUCACCACCGGGCUACCAACUACCACAAGUGGUCAUGACGUAAUCCUUGUCGUCAUUGACAAGUUCUCCAAAAUAGGACACUUCAUCCCGACACACACGACAGCACGCACCGAAGAGGCAUCACAACUCUUCGUUGGCAACAUCAUUUCACAACAUGGCAUUCCAACCACACUCAUCUCCGACCGAGACCCUAAGUUCACCAGUAAGUUCUGGAAAGAACUAAUGUCUCUACUCGGAACCAAACUUGCCAUGUCAUCCGCAUACCAUCUGCAGACAGACGGACAGACCGAGAGCCUCAACCAAAUUGUGGAGCAACUCCUCCGCGCGGCCUGCAAGGACAAAAUCUCCAAGUGGGACUUGCAUCUACCCAUACUGGAGUUUGCCUAGAACAAUGCUACUCACUGUUGUGUGAUGU